GAAACGCCUUCAUAGACUUUAAGGAAGCUGAUCGCGAUGACGUCUGCAUUAGGAAAUCAGUCGAACGUGAAAUGUUUUCCAGCGGGAAAGCUCGGUCGAUCUUCCUGCAUUCCGGAAAGGCAGUGAUUGCGGCGAAUCCGACGAAACCGUUUCGCGUCCCGUGAUACCUCCAUUUUCCUUGAAAAGGGGGAAGGAUUAAUUUCUUUUCUUUGUCAAUUAUAAAAAGAGAAGUCGUCCGAACUGAACGGAAGAAUCGCAACCAUCUGUGAAAAUACAAUAGUUGCGAAACGAGGAGGCGGUGCGUUGACGUCGACCUGGGAGUCCCCGGGAGGAAGGAUCCGCCUCUCCCCGGAAAGGAUUCCGAAAUAUACGCAGGAGGUUAAUCCCACUUGCAGGUCGGAAGACGCCGAUCGCGGCGGCAGUUCGCCCCGCAGAUGGCAGCAAACCGUACACCGGAGAGGACCUGACCGACCGAGAGGCGAGGGACACCGGGAAGGAAGCAGGAAAAACCACGUGGAAUUUCGAGGAGAGGGUCCAGUUAAAAGCGGAACACACUCGUCCACUCAAGGCACUCGAAGAUGAACGCGAACCAUGGCUUCUUGGUGCUGGCUGCUCUUCUCCUGGGACAGGGAGCCACUGGCCAAAAUAGAUGCUCCACGCCACUACAGAGACCUGGGACGUGCAUAAAUAUCAGAUCCUGCCCGAAACUUUUGGAUAUUCUGAAACAACCGAGACCACUGCCACAAGCGUCCCUGAAUUUCCUGAGAAAUUCCCAGUGCGGAUUCGAAGGCCUCGAUCCUAAAGUUUGCUGUGAAGAUCAGGUAACAGAAACGACACCACAGUCUAGACCAUUAACGCCGACUCCAAUUCCUUCGAACAAUGGCAUUGAACCUCCUGAUGUAUCGAAUCAUCCGAAUCUAAGCCUUUUGCCUCAUGACAUUUGCGGCCCCAUCAGGCAACAGAAGAUAUUCAAUGGAAACAAAACAGGAGUGUUCGAUUUCCCUUGGAUGGCUCUCGUGGCCUACAAGGUCCAGUCGAAGAGUCCUGAAUUCCGAUGUGGGGGAUCCAUCAUAAAUAAAAGAUACAUCUUGACCGCUGCACACUGCGUCACUCAACUUCCCUCAGGUCUCAGUUUGCUAGGAGUAAGAGUAGGAGAACACGAUCUCAGCACAGAGGUGGACUGCGACAGAGACGAGAAAGGCUUCACCGAUGUCUGUGCAGAGAAGUAUCAAGACUUCGGUAUAGAGUCGGUACAUUUUCACUUCAAUUACUCUAGAGUACGAUUGCACGAAGAUGUCGCCUUGAUAAGAGUAAACAGGGACAUCGACUUCAGGCCUUUAAACGUACGUCCAAUUUGCAUGCCUGUCGGCGAGGCCAAGACAAUGAGCUUUAAAAAGGGCGUUGUGACCGGAUGGGGAGCCACAGAAUUUGGGCCUCGAAGUCAGGAUCUUCUGAUGGUGUUGCUGCCGAUUGUUUCCAACGAAGAAUGUAAAUCGGCCUAUGUGAGAAAUGCCGAAAUUUGGUACAAACAAAUGUGCGCAGGAGGAUCGAAUCGAAUGGAUUCCUGUCUCGGGGACAGCGGAGGCCCUUUACAGGUGCCAGGAAUUUACAAUGGCGAUGCAAGAACCAUCCAAUAUGGCAUCGUUAGUUUUGGACUGAGAAGUUGCGGCACCGAUGGCUUCCCCGGGGUCUAUACUCGCGUCCCUUACUACAUGGACUGGAUUUUAAACACCAUCAAAGAAUGAACUAGCGUACUGUACCUUAAGGAUAAUUAAUAAUAACGGUAUAAUUAUCAUUAA